UGGGAAGUUAAGAUGACAGGCUGCAGAAUACCUUCCAUACCUCAGGGAUCACUGUGUCCUCUCUAUAUACGGCUCAGAUCACCAGUAACGUCAGUUUGAAGGACACAGAAAGAGGAGUACAUGGAAAAAAACAACUUCCAAAAGAGGAAGAGAGGCUAGAAACAUGAUGGAUGAGAAGCUGAGUAUCGGGACUUCUAUACAGGGAGAGACUGAGACCUUUACCACUGGAAAUAUGGAGACCAGAGAUCCAGAAAUAAUGGGAAAUAAUAAAGAUAAGUGUGCUGAAGCUGAGAAUCGGAGGAAGGAGCUCCUAUCGAAGAUUAAAAUAAUGACUAUGUCCGACAUCAGGAAGGAGUGGCAGAGCUGGUCUGAUGCCCAUACCGAAAAGCAGAAGCGUAACCCAUUCAGUGAAGACUUUGACCAUAGCCAUGCCAUGGCAGUGCGACUCCAUAAAGGGGACAAUGGCUAUGGCAGACCGGAGGAGGGCAGCAAGACAGAGGAGAGGGGGAACCGAGCUAAGAAUCAUAUACACAAGGAGAUAGAGGAGAUGUGCCUCAUUAUCAGAGACAUGGGGGUAAAAGGCCGAGAUGGAAGGAUUAGGGUAACAUUUGGGAGGUUGUUUCAGCAAUAUGUGAGAAUUUCGGACAAGGUGGUGGGUAUCCUGCUAAGAGCCAGGAAACACAAGCAUCUGGAUUUUGAAGGGGAGAUGCUGUGGCAGGGCGUGCAUGAUAAUGUUGUUAUCACCCUAUUGGAUUAGAACGUUGUGCAGGAAACACAUGAAAGAAAUGCACAUUAAGACUAUUGUUUUGAACUGUAUAUAGAAGUAUAUAGAAGAAUUAUGUAGUAUAUAGAGUUAUAUAGUAUUUGAAACCUUUUGCAACUUGUAAAAAAUUAUAACUCUAAUAUAAAAAUUUUUAAGGGGCAAUCAUGCCAGAAUUUGACAAAUUUCCUUUGGAUUUUAGAACCACAGGAUCAUGGGAUAUAUAUAUAUAUAUAAGAAGUACUUUUAAUAUCCAGUUUUACUAAAUGAAGAGUCAGUAAAUCUUUAGAAAUAUUAGAACAAGAACCAAUAAUGAGAAAACACACAAAUAUAGAAUGUUAUGAAUGUGCCACUUACACCAGAAACCUGAAAACUAAAACCUUACAUUUCAGCAUAAAGUGAGGGAAACAAUAUUCAUGGUAGCACCUUCAUUUCAUACAUAUCUGGCUUGUAGCACUAUUGGAUAUUUUAACUGGCAGAUUUAACUUGUGAUAGUUUACUGUGGCAAUUUAUCUGGCAACUGUGUGUGUGACACGUUUUUUGCAGUACUGGACUUUACUUGCCCUGUGGCACACUUGUAUCAGCACAUCUCACCUGCAGUUGUCAUAUGGCACUAACAGGCCAGCUUCUAAGCAUUUCCCUGCCCAGAUGAGUCACUUAUACUGAGUGAGCAGCUGACUAGCCCAGACAGGGAAAUACAAUCUGGCCUGUUAAGGUCACUUGAGCAUGGAUAUGAGAAGCGUUGCUUCCUAUGAUAUAGUGAAUAUAUGUCUUCGCUGCAUCAGAGCAACAAAAAAAUAAUAAUGAACCAACCCUUGGUGUACCCCUUGCUAGUGCUCCUUGUACUCUCAGGGGAACAUGUACCUCCGUUUGUGAAACAAAGAUAUAUAUCACCAAUAGAUGUACAGUAAAUAUAAAGUUGCCAGCUGUCCCCAACAAAAUACUGGACAACCUGUCGGUGACAAAAGCUCUGCCCUAAACCCCACUAUUAAUCCCACCAUGUAUACUUUUCACAACUCAGCAGUUGUUUUACCCCUUAGAUGCCAGUAACAUAAAUAUGCAUAAUGAUACCUAUUUGGCAGACACCAGUAAACAGAAGUGGUUUGACCCCUUGACUGCUCCUCACUUACCGUAUUUCUGCUACAUAUCUGUAAUGCGUUGAGGCAAAGGAAGCCUUUUUCCAUUUAGCCAACACGCAGAGACUGUAACCCUAUGUACAUAUAUAUCUUGGCUAUAGCUGCCAAUACAUAUGCAGAUUUUCACUCAAGGCUAGUUUUAGCAGGUCUGAUAUAAACUAUUUAAAUUGACAUUAAACACGCAAUAUAUAUUAUAUGCUUAGUAUUGAGGUUAUUCCCUAGCUCUCUCUAGUCAUGGGAGCUGCCAUGUUGACAUCUGACUUUCACUGCAUUCCAGUGCUGAUGUGUUUGCACACGUGCAGUGACUCUCAUUCACAUAGCUGCAGAGAAACCUAGGUUUUUAGUGAAUAAAUAUCCCUUUAAAUAGCUGAACUUAGGUUGUGGUUUAAAAGCUGAGUUUUGAUGUUCUCUGCACUUGCAAUUUCAGAAUAAUCUGUAGCCUGAUAUCUUCUCUAUACUCAGAACCUUUCACCAUCUUUAGGUUUACGUCACCAAGUAUCGGUUAUCUUUUCCUGGUUGUCCUUCCUGACAGUGGCGUCACUAGGGGGGGGGGGCGGGGGGGGCGGGCCGCACCCGGGUGACACCCACCAGGGGGUGACACCAAAAAACAAAUUUUUUUUUUUUUUUUUAAUUUUAUUGAAAUUCAAAGAAAUACAAUGUUGAGAUGCAAAGAUUUUUUUAUUAGAGGGGCUGGCAUUUGUGAACAUUGGUGGGACUGGGGAAGAUGUAGACACACAAUUUUUUUGCCCCUUGAGCCAGUGCUGCAAUUUCAACAAAUAGUUUUCCCGGCUGCUUUUGCUUGUUUGUACUUUGCUUCUCCCCUGCCCAAUUUCGCUAUGAAUGUUGUGGGCAUGCCGUGGGGCUUGCAAAGUUGCGCUGCUAGCCUAAGCCUGCCUGCCUAUCUGUGCUCACUGCUCAGUGACAUGUGGAGCAGUGGAGUCACUCACUGCUGUGCUGUCUCUCUAAACGGGAACUGGCAAAUCAUGAGGGGAUGCCUGGCACCUGACCGCAUGACUGUUUGACACUGUCUUUAAAGUGAAGGAGCCACGUAUGAUGCCCACCAGACCAUUACGGUUACUGUACACUAAGUGCACACUGAACAGGUAGGAGGGCGGGCGGGGGCCUGGGGGUGGGCAGAGUGCAGAGGUGAUUGGCCAUAAGAAGCGGUAGGCACGCGGCCCGGAGCUGUGCACUGACAGACUUGGAACAGAGUCAGAGAGCAGAAUUUUCAUAGUUUGCACCUAAAACUUUUCUUUAGUGAUUUAUUUUUAGAGUGCUCUGUUUAUCUUUCAUUUGAUGCUCUGCUGAGCCAGGGAGCAGCUCUAGGCAUGAGCUUUAUAAUUAAUGCAGUGCAGUUUACAUAUUUUGUAUGUGUGUGUCUGAGUUUUUUUAUGUGUGUGUGUGUGUGUGUGUGUCUCAGUGUUUUUGUGUGUGUGUCUGAGUGUGUUUCCGAGUGUUUGUGUGUGCAUCUGAGUAUGUUUUAAGUGUGUCUGAGUGUUUGUAUGUGUGUUUGCCUGUGUUUUUGUGUGUGUCUGCUUUCUAGGGGGGGGGGUGACACCAUAACUUAACGCACCGGGUGACACCAACCCUAGUGACGCCACUGCUUCCUGAUUCUUAAUAUCUUGACUUUUUGACCUUGUAAAAUAACCACAAAUCCAGAAAAGUAAUAGUCAAUAACCUCAUUAUAGCCCUAGCUUUCCAAGCUUGAAGUCACAAGGAUGUACGUGACUCCUGUCUCCUUUAGUUACUAGAAAAAACAAGCUCUGUUCGCCUAUGUUUGAAAGACUAGCAAACUAUGGGUUAACAUCAAAUGCAAACAUUUUAAAUGGACAUUCUAUAGCAAAAGGUAAAUGUCCUAAUUCGUUAGAACAAGGUUUUUCAACUCCAGUCCUUAGGGAACACCAACAGGACAGAUUUUAAUGAUAUCUGAACUAGAGCUCAGGUGAAAUGAUGGAUGAAAGCAUAUUAGUAACCAUGGUUACUGAUCAGCUGAUGAUUUCACCUGUGCUCUAGUUAAAGGAAUAGAAAGGUCAAAAUUGAAAUGUGCAUGGGUGCAUUUCAAUUUGAAAUAAAAGCAUUUUUUGCAAUAUACGUUCAUUAGAAAAAAUGCUUCUAGUAAAAGUGAUUACUGAUUUUCUGUGGCAUAUGCACAUAUCCUGUGAGGGCUUGUGCAUCAGUAUUUAAGCUCAGAGAGCUGGCGGUGGUGUGUAUUGCUUCUAAAUACAUAAUUUGUGUCACACAAGCAAUCACUGACACUCUGAGAAGGUGUGGUGUUUGAAUACUGGUGCACGGCCCUCAACGGAUAUGUGCGUAUGCUGCAGAAAACCAGUAAUCACUUUUACUAGAAGUAUUUUUGCUAAUGAAAGUAUAUUGCAAAAAUGUGUCUGUUUUUUUUCUUUAUUACAUUUAAUAACAAUUACAAAACCAAAAUAUUUUGCAAAUAAAAUUCACACAUUUGUGACUGCUCACAAUUAAAAAAAAAAAAAUGUAACCUCCAUUUUUCUUUCAAAUAUACAAAUUCCAAUAUAUAGAAAUAGUGUAUAAAAAAAUAAACAAUUAUUUCAAAGUACAAAAUUAAAGUUAAACUUCCAUAACAUCAGUGACUUUUUAAAGGGGUGUAAUAAUUGGGUUUUUUUAACUCUCAGUAUAAAGUUUUGAUAUAAUUUACCAUUUACAUUGGAAUUACCCUAUACCAAUGUCAGAAUUAAAGGGAUAUAAAACCCAAUUAUUUUUCUUUCAUGAGUCAGACAGAGCAUGCAAUUUUAAACAACUUUCCAAUUUACUUCUAUUAUCUCAUUUUCUUUACUCUCUUGAUAUCCUUUGUUGAAAAUCAUAUCUAAAUAUUCUCAGAGCUGAUGAUUGGUGGCUGCACAUAGAUUAGAGUUUUCUGGGAUACAUUGUCUAUAAGUAAGGCUAAGGCAAGCCGAAACGUGUUAGACUGCCCAGCUACAGGUCUCAUGCUGUAUAUUCUUUUAUUAUACAUGGAAUUGUAUUGAAGAUUUUACAAUGUGCUAAUAAAUCAUGGAGUUUUUACAA